AUGGAUAAAAUGGCUUUUACAACCGGUUCUUUAUCAGUAGCAAACGGAUAUCCAGUAUAAACAUAAAAUCCUGCAUGUUUGAAGGGAAAAAUAAAAAACAUAGAGGAAACUGCAAAAUUAAUAUCAGAUUAAUUGUCUAAACAUAAAAUAGACUUCAAAAUGUUAAAAACCGAAAAAAAUACUCUGGAAUAAGUAUUGAAAGUGAAAAAUAGUGAUAUUAAGAAUACUUUAAGUAAUGAAUUAAAAAGAUUAGAAGAUGAAAUGAAGAGACAUUUUAUCCAUUAAAAAGCUGAAUCUGGUAGAAUAUAAAAUCAAAUUAAUAAUUUAAAAGCAGAAAAAGCGGCUUUAUCUUAAACUUUAAAUGGAUUAGAUAAUAGAAUUUUCGAUAUGGAAAAUGGAGUUGGAGAAAAUUUAAGAAAAUGA